UUGACGGUGGCCAAGUCAAAUUACUUGCAUAGGUUACUCGGCUAUUUCGACUUGUCAUUCUUUGUGGGCAAAUAAUUACGUGUAUCAAUAGCAAUUUUAAUAAAUUUCAUUCAUUAUUGCCACCAAUUGUCUUGUAAUUUACUUCAACUCGUUAAAAUGGAGUGGUAUCAAGGAGGUAUCGCCGAGGCUGUGACAGAAUCCCGCAAGAAUGGAUCAAUCUUUGUUGUAUACAUAGAAGGCAAAGAUGAUCAAAGCAAGCAAGUGACUUCGACGAUUAACGCACCACAAGUUGCAAAAAUGUUAAACAGCUCUAAUUUUGUUGCAAUACUUGUUGAAAAGGAUAGUGUCACACAUCAGCAAUUUUCUGAGAUUUAUAAACAAACAACAGCACCAUCAAUUUACUUCAUUGGCAAGACAGGUGCACCUCUAGAGAUAAUCACAGAUGCAUCACUAACACCAACAGAUAUGGCUAAGAAAAUAAAUCAGAUUCUGGUUAAGAAUGGUGGGCAACCAAUGGUCCCAAUGGAGCUUGAAGAUGAAGAGAAGAAAGAAACUUCAUCAUUCACUCCAGCACCAGCACCAACACCUGCACAAGAACAACCACCAAAUGAACCCCUACAAGUAGCACCUUCAACAUCAGACAACCAGAUCUCAAUAGAAGAGAAACUUCGCCUCGCUCAAGAAUUGAUCGCUAAGAAACGUCAAGAAAAGCAAGAAGAAGAAAAAGAAAAGGAGCGCAACAAAGAAAUUGAGCGUCGCCAGUUAGGCAAAGAUGUCCAGAAAAUGAAGCGCUGGCAGCAGGAUCAAGACAUCAAGAACCUAAUGGAUGAACGUCAGAAGGAACGCCGCGAAGAUCAAGAAGCUCGCGAACGCGUCCGCCGUCAAAUCGAAGAAGACAAGCGAGAAAAAGCAGCCCGUAUGAAUAACACCCAACCACAAGCGACUCCCAAGGAAGCACCCAGAAUGCCUGUUCGCGCAGUAAACAGUGAUACAGCACGGCUGCAGUUCCGCCUUCCGGACGGGUCACAAAUCACACACGAUUUCAAAAGCUCCGCUUGUCUGCAGGAAGUGAUCGAUUAUUUGCAAUUACACGAAAACCAGCGCGAUUUUAUCUUGUCGACCACAUUCCCCAAGCGUGAGUUUACCGUCAACGACGCGAGUCAGAACUUGAUGGACUUGCAAUUGGUGCCUAAUGCGGCAGUGCUUGUACUGCCAAGCGUAAGACGCACUACUGUCGCGAAUAGUAAUUCAUCAGGUGGACUCUCUGGCAUGUUCUGGUAUGUUCUUGCGCCGAUUUUAAACUUUUUGGAAUACUUGAAGAGUUUCGUUUGGGGCGCGGCUCCAAGACCACCGACGACGAAUGAGAACAAGCGACCGAACACAGAUACGGAUCCACCUGCUGCAGGAAGGUAGUUCGAAGAAACGAUAUUCUGGAGAGACAACUGUAAAGAAGCAGGGGAAUAUCCACCGACUACAUGAGCAUGAUAGCGACGAAGAUAACAACACGUGGAAUGGCAACUCGACGCAGCAAAUGUAGAUUAAUUAUAUUGAUUGAAUUAUGGCUUUGAAUUUAUAAAUUAUGAAUAUAUUCGAGACUUAUAGAGGGAAUUGUGUGAAAUUUUAAUAAAUCAAUAAUCACGA